CUUUCUCCUCCAUCGGUAACGCGAAAGCUCCAUUCUUCGGCUUUUGCAGGAUUCGUAGGGUUUCCUUGUUCUUUCAAGCGGAAUAAUGUCUUCCUUCAGCGGCGACGAGACAGCUCCAUUCUUCGGUUUCCUCGGCGCCGCAGCCGCCCUCGUUUUCUCCUGCAUGGGAGCGGCGUACGGGACGGCGAAGAGCGGCGUCGGCGUGGCGUCCAUGGGUGUGAUGCGGCCAGAACUGGUUAUGAAGUCGAUCGUGCCCGUGGUCAUGGCAGGAGUGCUCGGGAUCUAUGGGUUGAUUAUUGCAGUAAUCAUUAGCACCGGGAUCAACCCCAAGGCAAAGUCGUACUACCUCUUCGACGGUUACGCGCAUCUCUCUUCCGGGCUCGCUUGCGGUCUUGCCGGUUUGUCUGCAGGCAUGGCGAUCGGGAUCGUCGGCGAUGCUGGUGUCCGGGCCAAUGCACAGCAGCCAAAGUUGUUUGUCGGCAUGAUUCUUAUUCUUAUUUUCGCCGAAGCACUGGCACUCUACGGCCUCAUUGUCGGUAUCAUUCUUUCCUCUCGUGCUGGUCAAUCCAGAGCAGACUAGUCACCCAAACGGCUGCACCUUGCACUUGUGGCUUUUUCUUAAUUUUGUGCCGGUCCUGACCGGCUAUGUCUGUACCAAGAUAACUUUUUACAAACUGUAUAUUCCGACCGAUCUUGUUUCGGUUAAUAUGUGCAAAUCUCUGUUGUAGGCUUGACUACUUCCGAAUUUGCUACAUAAUCCGUGAUGGAUUAGUAAAUGGUUUCUAUUGUUAUGAGAUUCAUUCAAUGA